CGGACGACACUUCAUUUCGAAUUUGAACGCAGUCGCGCUCGCAAUUGUACGUCGCGGUAAAUGAAUCACAAACUUCCGUGCUAAAUUAAAGUGCUCGCAUACUGGUCGUUUGCAUAACGAACAAUAAAAAUAUAAAAAAUGAAAAAAACAGCGUUUCCAAUUCGUACCGUUCAGACGUUGGCCACAAUAGUGUUGAUCGGUGUGGUCGCCGCGACUCAGGGGACAAACGACAAGCCUGGCGACGCGGCCGAAAGGAUGACAGCCGUGGCUACAGGGAUCAUAGACAAAUACCUGACGCCGGCCGUGUGCUCUUAUUCGCCGACAUUUUGUGCCAAACACCAAUUGCAGGCCAGAGGAAUCCAGAGUUAUUUGGCCACAGCCGGAACCAUGUUGGCAGGAGUAUUGGGGGUGAUAUUGAUGAAAAUCAAAAUCUUAAUCGUGCUAACGUUAAUCAGUACAAUUGUAGGCAAACUGUUGCUAUUCUACGCUUUCCUCAAGUCCGAUCACUUUCACCAUUACAGCCACAAGCCACAUCACGUGCCAUUUGUAAAAUACACUAAGGACAAAUACUUCAUUAAACAUAGUCCACAUGUUCACAGCCAAGACGUCGUCGUGGAUGACCAUGGACACUCUCCAUACUCUAAUCCUCAUUUGUCAGGCAUUUCAUAUUACAAACGAUAAUUACAUCAAAACUCAUUGUCAAAUCAAUUGCAUUUUAUUUUAAGCGGCAAGCGUCAGAUUCUAAUUUCUUUACUUUGGUAUAUUGUACAUAAUUAAAUUAUUUAGUGAAACGUAAUUUAUACAAAGCACCAAAUGUUACCUGCUUAUUACUUAUGGAAAAUUAAAAACCCCAAAAUUGUGAUUAAUUUGUUUUAUCUAGGUACUUGGUUUUUAUUCACCUAUAAUUUAUUUGUUUAUUUAUUUAAAUAAAUUGUAAAAUUUACAAUAAUUUUACGGUCAAUAUUAUUAUU